AUGGCGACUCACGCUGAAAGCCCCAAGGACGACGCCAUUACGCAUAUCGAGCACGCGGCACCUGUGCACACAACGGAAAAGGGAGAUGCGGCUGCUAGAUUCCUAGCUGACGCCCAUGUAGAGGAUGCGUCGUUCUCUUACGAAGAGGAACAAGCAGUACUUAGGCGCGUGGACCUGCGUGUCCUUCCGCUCCUCCUCGGCGCAUACUUCUUCCAGCAGCUCGACAAGUCGUCUCUGUCCUACGUCUCCAUCUUCGGCAUCCAGAAAGAUGCCGGUCUAGUUGGACGGCAGUACUCCUGGCUAGGAUCCAUCCUUUACCUCGCGCAGUUAGUCAUGCAACCACUCGCCGCAUAUCUGCUUGUCAAGCUACCCACAGGCAAAGUCAUUGCAGCAGCCAUUUUCCUGUGGGGAAGCAGUCUGGCUAUCAUGUCGGCUUGUACAGACUUCCCCAGUCUCCUGGGUCUGCGCUUCGUUCUCGGCUCUUUCGAAGCCAUGAUUGCGCCUGCUUGCGUUGCUACGACGACUAUGUGGUGGCGCCGCUCUGAGCAGACUCUUCGCACUGCAUACUGGAAUGCUAUGAAUGGCGUUACCUUCAUCAUAGGGUCGUUGUUCACAUACGGCCUUGGACAUAUCAACAGCGAGACUCUGUACAAGUACCAGAUCAUCUUUAUGUUCUGUGGUCUAUUGACAGUAGUGUAUUCGCUGGUGGUUCUGGUGUUUAUGCCCGACAGUCCGAUGAAGGCCAAGUAUCUGAACGAGCGAGAGCGCUUCAUUGCUGUUCAGCGCUUGAAGGCCAAUCAGAUGGGAAUUCAGUCUGGGCAGUGGAAGUGGGAGCAAGUUUGGGAGGCUUUGAUAGAUUUCAAGACGUGGUGCUGGUUUGUUGCCAUCAUCGCCAUCUCCAUUGCAAGCGGCGGUAUUUCUACUUUUGGCAAUCUCAUCAUUCGAGACUUUGGCUACACAAACUUCCAGUCUAUCCUGUUCAACAUCCCCUUUGGCGUGAUCCAGAUUGUUUGCAUCGUUGGUUCUGCCUGGGGUGCGUCGCGCUGGAGCCGUAAAGGCGUUGCCAUUGCUCUCGUCGCGGUUCUCCCCAUUGUAGGAACAGUCAUGAUGUUGACGGUACCACGUCGACAUAAAGGGGUGCUGCUAUUCGGAUACUACCUCGUCUCCUGUCUGGCAGCAAUCACACCUCUGAUAUAUGCCUGGCACGUUCAAAAUACGGCUGGCGACACGAAGAAGAAAUGCACCUCAGCCAUGGUGUUUAUCGGCAUGUGUACUGGUAACGUGAUCGGGCCUCUACUCUACUCAGUCGACGAUGCGCCACUCUUCCGCCCAGGUCUCAUUGCAAAUCUCGUCAUGUUUGCCUUGGUCGCUGUGCUCGCGCUCCUGAUUCCUGUGUACCUGGCGUAUCUCAACAAGAGACAUGCGAAGAAGCGAGCGGCCAUGGGGAAAAGCGCCGUCCGCGUGGACGAGAGUAUGUUACGGAAAAAGGAAAUGACACACAAGGGAACGGAAGUUAAGGCGCAGGAACAGAUUCACGGGCAGGACAAUGGGUUCUCUGACUUGACGGAUAUGCAGAAUGAGGACUUUAUCUAUGUAUAUUAG